CUUGUUUCCUUCAGCAGAAGGUCAUCUACUCCAUUGUCUUUCGGCUUCUGUUUUUGUCGAAAUCCAUCGCUCUGCUGUCUCGUCUGCUUAGAAUCCAUCUUCUUUCUCCUCGUCCUGAUAUUCUGCUCGAGACCUCCCUUCACACUCCGACCUAGUCCGACUGGUUUCUAUCCCCAGCGCAUCCGCAUGAGCCGCACCUGAAGAUGGUUCAAGAACUUCGCUUUGACAACCAGACCGUGGUGGUUACUGGCGCAGGCGGCGGAUUAGGGAAGGCAUAUGCCCUCUUUUUUGCUUCAAGAGGUGCCAACGUCGUCGUCAACGAUCUGGGCGGCUCUUUCAAGGGUGAAGGGGCUGGCACAAAGGCCGCAGAUGUGGUCGUCGAUCAGAUAAAAGCCGCUGGCGGCAAGGCCGUGGCCAACUACGACAGCGUCGAGAAUGGCGAUCGGAUCAUCCAAACAGCCAUCGAUAACUUCGGCCGCGUUGACGUCCUCCUGAACAAUGCCGGUAUCCUACGAGACAUAAGUUUCAAGAACAUGAAAGAUUCUGAUUGGGAUCUCAUCAACGCCGUACACAUCAAGGGCGCCUACAAGUGCGCAAGAGCUGCAUGGCCGCAUUUCAGAAAACAAAAAUACGGCAGAGUCAUCAACACCGCUUCCGCGGCUGGCCUGUUCGGCAGUUUCGGUCAAUGCAACUACUCUGCCGCCAAGCUCGGUCAAGUCGGCUUCACAGAGACUCUUGCCAAGGAAGGUCAGAAAUACAAUAUCCUGUGCAACGUCAUUGCGCCCAUUGCUGCUAGCCGUAUGACGGAAACCAUCAUGCCCCCGGAUGUCCUUGCCAACUUGAAACCAGACUGGGUUGUUCCUCUCGUGGCAGUGUUGGUCCACCCUUCCAACACUACCGAGACCGGCUCUAUCUUCGAGGUUGGUGGUGGCCAUGUUGCCAAGUUGAGAUGGGAGCGUGCAAAGGGUCUGCUGCUCAAGGCUGAUUCGACGUACACUCCUGGCGCUAUCUUGAAGAAAUGGGACGCCGUCAACGAUUUUUCGGAGCCCGAAUAUGCUAGCGGUCCGACAGAUUUCGUGGGCAAGUUAGAAAACUCAUUGAAAAUGGGAAGCAAUGAUCCUGGUGAGGAGAUCAGAUUCGAUGGCAAAGUCGUGCUCGUCACAGGUGGCGGUGCUGGCCUUGGGCGGGCCUAUUGCUUGGCCUUCGCGAAACUCGGCGCUUCCGUUGUCGUCAAUGAUCUUGUCAACCCUGAUACUACUGUUCAGGAAAUCCAGAAACUUGGCGGCAAGGCGGUCGGCAACAAGGCUGAUGUUCAGGACGGAGACGCAGUGGUCAAGACCGCUAUCGACACGUUUGGCAGAAUUGACAUACUGAUCAACAACGCCGGAAUCCUGCGCGACAAGGCUUUCACCAACAUGGACGACAAGCUAUGGGAUGAUGUUAUCAACGUCCACCUGCGCGGUACCUAUAAGGUCACUAAGGCCGCCUACCCCUACAUGGUGAAGCAGAAAUAUGGCCGCAUCGUCAACACUACUAGUACAAGUGGUAUCUAUGGCAGCUUCGGUCAAGCCAACUAUGCUGCAGCUAAACUGGGUAUACUUGGUUUCUCUCGAGCCCUUGCACUCGAAGGUCGAAAGAACAACAUCUUUGUCAAUACCAUCGCGCCCAACGCUGGUACUCAGAUGACCCGAACAAUCCUGCCAGAGGAGCUCGUGCAAGCCUUCAAACCAGAUUACGUGGCUCCGCUCGUCCUCUUGCUCUGCUCUGAUAAGGUUCCAGACCCACCAACAGGUCUUCUCUUCGAGGUCGGAUCCGGUUGGCAAGGACGUACCAGAUGGCAGCGCUCUGGUGGCCAUGGUUUCCCGAUCGAUGUUACCUUGACUCCUGAGCACGUUCUUGAGAAGUGGUCAAAGAUCAUCGACUUUAAUGACGGUCGCGCAGAUCAUCCUGAGAACGGCCAGGAAGGCCUCAAGUCGAUCAUGGCCAACAUGGAGAACAAGAGCAAGAAAUCCUCUGGAUCUGAUUCCAAGAAGGAUUAUCUCGCAGCCAUUGAGAAAGCCAAGCAAGCCACAUCUGACGGAACAGAAUACGCUUACGACGACCGGGAUGUUAUCCUUUACAACUUAUCCCUGGGCGCCAGGAGGACGCAACUACCUCUGGUUUACGAGAACGACGACAAUUUCCAGGUGCUACCUACCUUUGGCGUCAUUCCAUUCUUCAAUGCUCAGGUUCCGUUCUCGAUGGAUGAAGUUCUGCCGAACUUCUCCCCAAUGAUGCUGCUGCACGGCGAACAAUAUCUAGAGAUCAGGAAAUUCCCCAUCCCAACGAGUGCAAAGACACUGUCCUUUCCAAAACUUAUCGAAGUUGUGGAUAAGGGCAACGCUGGUAUCGUCGUUACUGGCAUUACGACCAAGGACGCGAAUACAGGUGAAGACCUCUUCUACAAUGAGUCGACUGUCUUCGUCCGAGGCUCAGGUGGUUUUGGUGGACCUAAGAAAGGUGGCAACCGCGGCAGUGCUACUACGGUGUAUCAACCACCUAAGCGUGCUCCUGACGCGGUGGUCGAGGAGAAGACUUCCGAGGACCAGGCCGCCCUUUACAGAUUGAAUGGCGACCGGAAUCCCCUACAUAUCGACCCCGAGUUCAGCAAGGUUGGCGGCUUCAAGGAUCCCAUCUUGCACGGUCUUUGCUUCUUCGGCUUCAGCGGGAAGCAUAUUGUGCAGAGCUUUGGUCUCUUCAAGAACAUCAAAGUCCGCUUCGCCGGUACAGUCAUUCCUGGCCAGACUUUAGUGACUGAGAUGUGGAAGGAAGGUAACAAGGUUAUCUUCCAGACCAGGGUCAAGGAGACUGGCAAAUUGUGCAUUGCUGGUGCUGGUGCAGAGUUGGUUGGUUCGCCAAAACCAAAAUUGUAAUCUAGUGGAAACAAUGGUUGUCGGAUGGUUUAGCAUGGUUGUCGCCUCAUGGAUCUUUUUGCGAUAGACAAUCCGUGACUUGACGAUUUCUAUUCCGUGUCCUGUCUGUGUGAAAUGUUGAGUUAUUCAGAUUCUA